AUGUCGAGAGAAGACCCCUUAAAGGCCGAGAAGGAUUAUUCGGCCACUUUGGACGAGCAAUUUCCGCUUAUCGAAAAGUUGCCAGACUACAAGACUGCCAUUGACAAGUACUUAGUUUUGGAGAAGCAGACAAGACAAUCGUCUGAUUUGUCGUCUUCAAAGCGAGUUUUGGUCAGAAUAGUCGAGACUCUAGUUUCCAACGAAGAUUGGGAGUACUUGAACGACUUGGUGGUGUUAUUGCUGAAGAAACAUGGGCAAUUGAAAUCGUCUAUUCAGACGUUGGUUAAGACUGUAAUUGACAACUUGGACCAGUUGAACGAAGACAAGAAGAAGGAGUUGGAUUUAAAGAUCAAGUUGAUCGAAACCAUUAGAACGGUGACAGAUAAAAAGAUCUUUGUAGAAGUUGAAAGAGCUAUUGUUUCCAGAACGUUGUCCAAGAUCUAUUUGUCGAAGUUUGAUGACUUGGACAAGGCAGUAGAGAUCUUGUGUGAUUUACAAGUAGAGACGUAUUCGUUGAUGCCUUUCAGCGACAAAGUGGAAUACAUCUUGGAACAGAUCGAGUUGACUUUGAAGAAAGGCGAUUUCGGCCAGGCUAAGAUCUUGAGUCGUAAGAUCUUGCUCAAGGCUUUAAAAGGUUUCGACAAGGCAGAGUUGUACAAGUCCAUUUACUUGAAGUAUUUGAUCGAGAUCAGUAUCCACGAAAACGACUACAUCACCAUAGUCAAGAACACAUUGCUUUUGAUCGAGAUUCCUUUGAUCAAGGACAACAAGUCGGACUACUUGGGAUACUUGGUUUCCAUCGUCUACUACAUCGUCUUAUCUCCCUAUGAUCCUCACCAGAACGACUUGAUCAACAAGAUCAAGAACAACUCCAUUUUCAGCAAGAGCAUCGAUGCCAAGAUCUACAAGUUGUUGGAGAUCUUCACCACCAAUGAAUUGAUACUCUGGUCCAAUAUUGAAUCGUUGUACAAGCAAGACUUCGAGCAGUCGACGAUCUUCAAGCUGGAAACAAACUAUAAGAAUUUGCAGAAGAGAAUUAUCGAACACAAUUUGAGAAUAAUAAAUAAGUACUACCAUUUCAUCAAGUUGGACAGAUUGGCAUACAUGUUGCAAUUGAGUGUGGACGAGCUGGAAAGGUAUGUCAGUGAGUUGGUUAACAAGGGUAUGAUCACGGCCAAGAUCAAUAGACCCCAGGGUAUUAUCAAGUUUCACAAGAGCAAGACUGUUGAUGGAGAUUCCAGAGCUAGUGACAACGAUAUCAACGAAUUGUUGAACGAUUGGUGUUAUGAUAUCGAUAAGUUGUUGGAAGAGGUGGACAGCAUUGGACAUUUGAUCAACAAGGAAGAAAUGAUGCACGGCAUCAAGCAGCGUGCCCACUAA